AUGGCGGACGAGCGUUGUGGCUACAACGAGGCCACACGCUUGCCUGCUUUUGGUGCAGCGGAAGAGCCGGCCGAGGCCUCGCAGAGGCCUGAGCCCGCCGCAGUAUGCGGAGACGACGAAUUGCUGAAGGCCAAAGCUCUGGUCAUCGCUGACCAGGAGCUCGAGGAUCUUCGCGUGCAGGUGGCGGCCUUCUUGGCACAGCUCCCGCCGAAAGACGGCCGUCUGGUCCUGGACCGGCUACUAAGCCGUCUAGCUCAUGGGGAGCCUUUGAGUGCCAGAAAGGUCUCGGACCGUGUGGAUGAGUCGUGCGAAUUCCUGGCCGAGCUGUUGGCUUUCUGCCAAGGAGGAGAUGAAACCAUCAGCGAGGCUUUCGGCUGUGUUGGGAAGGUUGGAGAUCUGGUGUUCAAAUGUUUGAGGCUCAACGGCCCCAGCCGGCUCUGCGACGCUGGCCUCCAGGAUGGCGAUGUGCUGAGCGCCACCAUCCGGGAGCCAGGUCCUGUGAUGGAGUCCUACAGGAAGGCGCGGGCAUUUGCGGCCAUCGUGGGGGCUGCCGGGAAUGUCGUGACCUGGGGAGCUCCACACGGAGGUGGAGACAGCCGCGCUGUUCAGCAACAGUUGUUCGACGUUCAGCACGUCCACAUCUCCGAGUUCGCUUGUGCUGCCAUCCGGGCAGAUGGAAGCGUAGUCACCUGGGGCUCGGCCGUAGCUGGCGGUGACAGCCACGAUGUUAGCCAUAUGCUCUUCGACGUCGUCGAAAUUUCUGCUACAAACUCGGCCUUUGCCGCAAUCCGGCUUGAUGGUUCGGUGGUCGCCUGGGGAGAUCCCGAGAAUGGAGGAGACAGCUCCGUAGUUCAUGAGAAGCUCAAAAAUGUGCAGAAAGUCUAUUCGUCCAGCACCGCCUUUGCAGCGAUAACCAGUGACGGUUCCGUUGUGACUUGGGGCGCCAGCACGGGGGGUGGCGAUAGCACGGCUGUGCAGGGAGAGCUACAGGAUGUGCAGCAGAUCCAUGCGAACCGGUCUGCCUUUGCCGCGGUGAAACUGAACGGUCGUGUGACGACUUGGGGAGCCCUGGCCAGCGGGGGAAAUAGUUCUCAUGUUCAGGAGCGCCUCGUGGAUGUUUGUCAGAUCCACUCUACAGCCAGAGCCUUUGCAGCUAUGCAGACGGAUGGGACGGUUGUGACCUGGGGGGCGCCCAGUGCAGGCGGUGAUUGCAGCAAUGUGGAGCUUGUGGAUGUCCUCCAAAUCUUGGCGACGGAAGAUGCCUUUGCUGCAGUGCGAGGUGAUGGCACGGUCGUGACCUGGGGCUGUAGAGACUCUGGAGGCAACUGCCAAGCCGUUCAGACUCAGUUGGUUGCGACGGAUGCGGCCUUUGCUGCCAUCAAGGAGGACGGAAGCGUGGUCGCCUGGGGCUGUGCCAGAUUUGGUGGUGAUUGCUCAAGCGUCGCGCAGUCGCUCGUCGGGGUACAGCAAAUCCAUGCCUCUGAAGGGGCGUUUGCAGCCAUCAAGGAGGACGGUACAGUGGUGACAUGGGGGAAUUCCAGUGCAGGUGGAGACUCCUCCAUGGUGCAGGGCAGCUUAUCCGACCUGCACCGCAUCCAUGUGGCGAGCGGUGCCUUUGCUGCAGUUCGGAACGAUGGCCGAGUGGUCACUUGGGGAGAUCCUUGGGGUGGAGGCGACAGCAGCACUGUGCAGGACAAGCUGGUUCCUUAA